GGGCGGGGGCGGGGCCGGAGGCGGCCAUUCCCGUCGCGGGGAGUUUGGCAGUUUCCGGAGUUGAGGAAGGCGGUUCGUCUGAAAGGCGGCGGCCGGGCGAAGUUCGAGAGCGGCGGCGGUUGGCUGUGAUGUACCACAGCAGCACACAGAGGCGCUACUGGACUUUCCGUAGCGAAGAGGAGUUGGUCCGCAGGCGCUCUGACGCCAACCGCAAGUUCAGAUGCAAAGCGGUGGCCAAUGGCAAGGUUCAACAGACAGACUCGUUUCUUCUUGACCAACAUGAAGAGCUGAUAAUUUGUAAAUAUUAUGAAAAAAGAUUAGCAGACUUUUGCUCUGUAUUUAAGCCAGCAAUGCCCAAAUCUGUUGUGGGUACAGCCUGCAUGUAUUUCAAACGUUUUUAUCUCAAUAACUCAGUAAUGGAAUAUCAUCCCCGUAUAAUUAUGUUAACGUGUGCAUUCUUGGCUUGUAAAGUAGAUGAAUUUAAUGUAUCUAGUACACAAUUUGUUAGUAACCUCCAAGACAGCCCAGCAGGACAGGAGAAAACAUUGGAACAGAUCUUGGAAUAUGAAUUACUUCUUAUUCAGCAGCUGAACUUCCACCUUAUAGUACAUAACCCAUACAGACCAUUUGAAGGGCUAUUGAUUGAUUUGAAGACCCGUUAUCAAUUGCUUGAGAAUCCUGAGAUAUUGAGGAAGACAGCAGAUGAUUUUCUUAAUCGAAUAUCAUUGACAGAUGCCUGCCUUCUAUUUACACCUUCUCAGAUAGCUCUCACUGCUAUGGUAUCGAGUGCAUCCAGGGCAGGAUUUAAUAUGGAAAGUUACUUGUCAGGAACCCUAAUGUUCAAAGAUAACAAAGCAUCCCUUUCGCAGUUGCUGGAUGGAAUGAAAUGCAUGAAAAAUCUAGUAAAAAAAUACGAGCUACCACAUCCUGAAGAAGUUGCUGUUUUAAAACAGAAGCUAGAAAAAUGUCAUAGUCCAGAAGUUGCUCUUAAUUCAAAUACGAAAAAAAGAAAAGGCUAUGAAGGUGAUGAAUUCAUCUCGAAAAAAUCUAGAAUGGAGGAGGAUGAAUGGACAGAUGAUGAGUUCAUGGACUAAUAUAUCUACAUUCCUAAUAGAAAAUAAAAUCUGAAUUAAUAUUCAUUGGAAAUAAACCCAGGCAGCAUGUUGUACAACUUAUCAUACAUCAGAAAAUUAUAUAUUUAUAAUAAAAAUUUUUUUACAAAGUGACUGGAAUACUUGAACUUGCUUAAGUGGCAUUAAUAUGACUUCACAAUGAACAAGGCUUGUCACUGCUUCUUUUCAUUGAGAAUUGGCCAUCAACCAACUGUAAUAACUAUGUCCAGAGAAGAUAUGAACAUAGCUACAUUCAAAGGGCCUGUACAAAUACCUUAUAGCUCCAUAAUUGUCUUCAGGUAGCACUAAUCAUGAAAUAAUCUCAGGAUGAUGCCAUGCAGUGAAUUUGAAAUUCUUACUAUAUUUAAAUUUUAUUUUUUUACAAAGAUAUAAACCUAAUUAAUUGCUCUCAGAAAGUCUGAUAUACAAGACUCUAAAAGCUACUUAAUUAUUCUAGUACAAUAUUUGCUUCAGCAGAAAAUAUCAGCUAUGUUUAGCAAAACCUUUCUCUAACAUCCCAGGCAAAUAUUUUUGUGUUCCAAGGGCUGCAAGUUAAAUCUCCUGCUUAUUGUGUAUACUUUGGAAACAGCUAUGGGAAUGUUUCACAAUAUGUGAAUGCUGAAUUCUUUAUAAAGCAUGCAUGG